GACACUUAUCACAAUACUGCGAUAAUCACAUUACAAGAAACAUGGUUACACGAACUGUACGAUGACAAUCUCAUCUCUCUAAAGGACUUCAUCCUAUUUAGACAAGACCGAAUAUGUUGUAAUAAGAAAAGUGGGGGUGGAGUUGCAACUUUUAUUAACUCAAAAUGGUCUAUUUCUAAUAAUGUUUGCUUCUCUUUCUCAAAUGACUUCAUAGACUGCAUCACCGUCAAAUGUCGUCCCAAACAUCUCCCCAAAUAUAAACACAUCUUUAUCACAAACAUGUACAUUUCUCCAAGUUGCUCUCUAUCUAAUCUUUCAAAUUUUGCCGAUGAAUUCACCAUGUUCGCCGCUGCCAACUUCGACAACUCUCUGUCUGUUAUUACUGGGGACUUUAACUCGUCAGAUUGCUCCUUCCUUGAAGCACUUGGUCACUCUAACAUUGUCAAAUUUCCCACUCGACUAGACAAAACACUGGAUUUAGUUUUUACAAAUGAUGAAGGAAUCUAUGAAGCACGUAAACGUGCACCGAUCCUCAACUCUGAUCACUCUAUUGUUCGUGUUCUACCAAAAAUUUACAGCAAAACACACAUUAAAGUCUUCUCGCAUCUGUCUAUGAAAGCACAACAAAGAUGCUACUCAUCCGAAAACUUACUCAAUCUAAGGUGCAUGUUACAAAAUACUAACUGGGACUUAUUCCAUGAAAGUUCAUUAGAUGACACAAUCGUCAAUAUAACGGAUUAUCUCAAGUUUUGCCUUGAUAUAUGUUGUCCCAAACAAACUCUAUUCAAACGUCUUGACCGCUUCUCAUCUCCUUAUCUCAAACAACUUCGCAGGAAAAAAGAAACUUUGUACAAAUCCAAAGACAAGUUAGGACUCAAAAAGAUUAAUGCUCAGAUCAAAUCUGAAAUCAAAAAUCUUAAUGCUAUAUAUAAUGAUACACUUUUAUCAUGUAAAUCUCCAAUCAGUAUGUGGAAACUUUUUAAUGAAAUUACUGCUUGAAAAUGAUCAGCAAAAAAUUGACACAGAGGGAAGAAUUGGAAGUAGACAAUACGUUUGUGAUAAAAACAACUUUAAUACAAAUAAAAGUCAGAAUUCACAUAAUUCGACAGAUUAUACAUCUGAUGACAGUAGUCAAUCAACUUGUUUCACUGUAUCAAUAAUCUAUUCAGAUAAAUCGUCAUUAAGUGAUAGUAGUACAAAAGAGAAAAAGACAAAAAAGGGAUGCUUUGGAAAGAAGACAAAUAAGGAGCCAAAAAUUAAAAAACAAAAUGAGAAAAAGAAAAAGAAUCAGGAAAAGGCAAUACGUCAUCUUCAAACUAUUCUACCAAACAAUUCGACAGUAUCAGUAUGUAUCGAUGAUGCUACACAAACUUCAUUUCGGGAGGAAUUUACCGAUGGAAAUGUUAUCAGGCCGACAAACUUAUCUUUAUCUCAAGACAAUAAGGUUUGUCCAUGUAGAGUAUAUAAAUAUGUCGGACAAGUUGAUAUUAACCCGUCUAAUAUACGUAGAACAGUUUCACAACAAGAUAAUUUAUACCUAUAUGAUAUGUCAUCAUGUUCAUCGAAAACAGAGCGUAAUACAAGUUGUUCAAAAGAAUUUCCAAUCUAUCCUCUUACAGAUAUCUGUCAACAUAAUAAUACUACAUUAUUAAAUUAUAAUCAUAUAAUAAAUCAUUUUAAUAAUCUUUCUACAACACAUAAUUAUUUACAACAACAAAAUAUGAAUGAAUUAUCUUUGAGUGAAGAUGAAAAUUUGGUAAAAUUAUCAAGUAUUAAAGACAAUGACAUAAAUAAUGAAUAUACAAGUAACAAUGAUGAUGAUUAUGAUGAUGAAAGAAAUGAUUACUUACAAAAGGUUGUAGUUAAAAUAUUACGUAAAAAUCGAAUAGAUAAUGACAAUAUGAUAAUAGUUCCAUCAUCACAGUUAAUUAUAGAAGAUAGUGAAUUAUCUCAUAUAUUUGUUAAAAGGAAUACAACGAAUCUAUUUAACAGUGAUGAAGAUCAUGAUAUUGAUGAUGGUGAUGAUGAUAAAAAUGAUAUUACUACUAAUUUAUGCCAUAUACCUCAAGAAAUAUGGAUAUUAUGUCAACUUAAGCAUCCAGCAAUUGUACGUCUAUUAGAUUGGGCAAAUGAAGACAUUAAAGCAUAUUAUCUUGUUAUGGAAUCACAUGGUAUUGGUAUGGAUUUAUUCGAAUUUAUAGAAAGGCAACCAAAGUUGGAUGAACCACUGACUAGUUAUAUGUUUAGACAGCUCGUGUCAGCUGUAAACUAUCUUCAUCAAUUAAAUAUCGCUCAUCGUGAUAUAAAAGAUGAAAAUAUUAUAAUUGAUGAUUUAUUUCAUUUAAAAUUAAUUGAUUUUGGUUCUGCUAUACAAGUAUUACCUGGAGAGAUUAGAAUGGAUAUUUCAGGAACAAUAGAAUUUUGCAGUCCAGAAGUUCUUCUUGGUAAAGGAUAUAAUCCAAUGGGUGUUGAUAUUUGGGCGUUAGGCAUAACAUUGUAUACACUUGUUUUCGGUGAAAAUCCUUUUCUUGAUAAAAAUGAUAUACAAAUAGGAAAUUUACAGAUACCUUAUAAAUUCUUAUCAGAUUCAUUAUUACACGUAUUCUUGUGCACAUUAGAACCAAAUCCACUGAUAAGAAUAACAGCUAGUGAAUUAGAAUGUUUAUCAUGGGUAAAACAGUCUGUAAAUCCAGAAAAUUAUAAAUUUAAUGAAAUUAUUCAAAAUCAAUCUUUUUCUGGUAAUAUUACCUGUGACUAUCGUGUCAACAGUUCAGAUUAUUCCAUUUAA